AUAUUAUAUUUUAAUUUCAUUUACAGGCAAUGAAAAUUUGACGUUUAUGAUUUCUAUUUGCGACUGAACAAUUACAGUUAGAAUGAACAGAUUUCCACUAGACUAGUGGAAAUGGCUUGAUAAUUAGUCAUGCCAGGUUUAGAGGGAAGUAUUUCACGCGAUGCUAGUCUUUCUACGGUCAGCCUCAUGUCAGAUGGAAUUGUUUCCGAGGAAGUGAAAAAAUUCUUGUUCACGUCUCGUAAAACUCAGGAUAACAUACAGUGCAACGAGAGUUUGGAAAUCUAUAUUCCGGAGUUACUUCAAGCUAAUUAUAGUUUUUAUACAUGGCCAUCCGCACCUGUGCUAGCUUGGUUUCUUUGGGAACAUAAAGAAGAACUCAUUGGGAAAAGAGUUUUAGAGCUUGGAUCAGGUACAGCUCUUCCUGGAAUUUUAGCUAGUAAAUGUGGUGCUAUUGUAACUUUAAGCGAUUCUGCUAGUUUUCCUAGAAGUUUACAGCAUAUAAGGAGAGGUUGUGAAUUAAAUGGUAUUUUGUCUCAGGUUCAAAUUGUUGGUAUUACAUGGGGUUUAUUUCUGUCUAGUUUAUUUUCAAUUGGACCAUUAGAUUUAAUUCUCGGCUCUGAUUGUUUUUAUGAACCAACGUUAUUCGAAGAUAUAGUUGUUACAGUAGCAUUCUUGUUAGAAAGAAAUCCAAAUGCAAAAUUCUUGUGUACUUAUCAAGAAAGAAGUGCAGAUUGGUCUAUAGAACAUCUGUUAAAUAAAUGGAAUCUUACUUGCACUCAUAUAUCAUUGACUGGACUUGGAGCAGAUUCUGAUAUAAAUAUAAAUGAAUUAAUGCAGGAUCAUACAAUUCAUUUGUUAAGUAUACAGCGUAGAGCUUAAGUGGGUCUUUUGCCAUGGCUGGAAGAUAUUUAAUUUCUAUACGUAAUAUACCAUGGAUUGUUUCUCACACUGAGCUUGAAAAAUAUUUUUCAGUAUUCGGUGAUGUAAAAGCUGCAAAAAUUGUAUUUAAUAAACUUGGUUUAAGUACAGGUUAUGGAUUUGUAGAAUUUUAUGAUAAAACAGUAAUGAAUUCUGUACUGAAAAAAUGUCAUGUUUUGGAAAAUGAAAAAUUAUCUAUUACUGAAGGUCUUAAAUAUUUACAUGAAGAUUCUGUUAAAAAAUUUGUAGAUGAACGCUACCUGGCAUUUAACACUGACGCAUAUAAAGAAAAUCUGCCUUGGACAGAUAUAGAAGAAGAUUCAGAAGAGGACGACGUCGAA